CCUUCUCCAAAUGUUGCCCUGACCCCUGGUUCCACUCCAAGUGAUGAAACCUCCUGCUGCAUCAAGGCUGUCAAGGACUCAGGAUUCAAGGCAAUUGGAAAGCUCUUCCAUGCACUGUAAGGACAAGAACGACCUUUAUGUUCAUCCAUUCUGGUUAUGGCAUUAAAGUUUCCGCCUACUAUCCAUAUAUCUUCAUUUGGAUCAUGAUCUAUCAUGCUAUUGUUCUAUACUCCCUCCGUCCACAAUUAGACUUCCCACUUUUCUUUUUUGUCCGUCCUAAAAAAAACUUCCCGUUUCUAUUUUAGGAAAGUUUUUAUAACUGAAAUGUCCUUUCUACUGUUUAUCAUCUCCGAUGGAGCCAAAAUUUCACCAUUUUUUGGCUUUGGGGUGUGAUGGAAUAAAUCAAAAUGGAUCUCUAAACUGUCUGCGCUUCUUUAAUUAAUGAAGUAGCAGUUAGUCAAGCAAUGCAACUUUCGACGUUGAGCCGGGGGUCUCUUUGGAAACAGCCUCUCUACUUUCGAGUAGGGGCAAGGUCUGCGUACACACACCCUCCCCAGACCCUACUCUUGUGGGAUUUAACUGGGUUG